GGUGCUCUCAACUGCCUUUGCAAGACAUGGCCUCUCUGCAAUAAAAUUCUGGAUUCCACAUUGUUACCAACAUGGGGGCUACUUUGCAAAUUUUACCCCAUUUGCAGAACCCAAUCAUGGCAGCAUUUUGCCCCAAACUAUUAAACAGCUUUGGGGGCGAGCUGAUUAGACCAGAACAGCCAUGUUUCGGAACAGUCUCAAGAUGCUUCUUACGGGUGGGAAAUCAAACCGCAAAAACAGAUCCAGUGAUGGAGGAAGCGAGGAACCAUCAGACCGAAGGCAGGCAAGCAUAGACUACUGUCAGAGCCAUUCUGGGCAAGGUGGCAGCUCCACAGAGAACGACUGUGCUUUUGAACCAGAGUAUGCUAUCCCAACACUCCCAGUGCCUGAAGGUAUGCAGCACAUUCGGAUUAUGGAAGGCAUGUCCCGCUCUCUCCCAUCCUCCCCAUUACUAACACAUCAGUCUAUCAGUGUUCGGCUCCAGCCCAUGAAGAAAUUAACUGCUCCUCUAAGGAAGGCAAAAUGUGAGAGCCCUCGAAUUCCAGAAUCUGAGCUUGGCUCACCAACUCUCACUUCUGCACCAAAACUGGACCUUGAUGCCUACUGCCCUGGUGAAGCUGAGCAGGAACUGGGACCCCCUCCAUCUGUAGAUGAGGCAGCAAACACACUCAUGACUCGCCUGGGCUUCCUCCUGGGAGAGAAAGUCACCGAAGUGCAGGCAGGGCAGCAGUACAGUAUGGAAGUACAGGAGGACAAUCAGACCUCAGCAGUGUCCCAACGAAUAAGUCCUUGUUCCACGCUGACCAGUAGCACUGCUUCACCACCUGCCAGUAGUCCCUGCUCCACCCUCCCUCAAACUAGCACCAAGGAUGUUAUAGCAAAAGACUGCAGUUAUGGAGCUGUCACCAGCCCCACUUCUACUCUUGAGAGCAGAGACAGCGGCAUAAUAGCAACACUGACAAGCUAUUCUGAAAAUAUGGAUCGUGCUAAGUAUGGAGGGGAAAGCAGUAAAGAAUUAGGAUCUGGAGGAAACUUGAAACCUUGGCAGUCUCAAAAAUCCAGCAUAGACUCUUGUUUAUAUCGAGUGGAUGAAAACAUGACGGCCUCUACAUACAGUUUGAACAAGAUCCCUGAAAGGAACUUAGAGACUGUUUUAUCCCAGUCAGUACAAUCCAUUCCACUCUACCUUAUGCCUCGCCCAAACUCUGUAGCAGCCACAAGCUCAGCCCAUUUAGAAGAUCUAGCUUAUCUAGAUGAACAGAGGCAUGCUCCCCUACGAACAUCACUCCGGAUGCCUCGCCAGAGUAUGGCUGGUGCUCGCACACAACAGGACCUAAGAGUACGCUUUGCACCUUACAGACCUCCUGACAUCUCUCUGAAACCGCUGCUUUUUGAGGUGCCCAGCAUCACCACAGAAUCUGUAUUUGUUGGCCGGGACUGGGUGUUCCAAGAGAUAGAUGUACAAUUGCAGAGUGCUGAUGCCAGUGUGAACAGAGGUGUGGUGAUCGUUGGAAAUAUAGGCUUUGGCAAGACAGCAAUCAUCUCCAGACUGGUUGCGCUGAGCUGCCAUGGCACACGGAUGAGGCAGAUUGCUUCUGACAGCCCCCACGCAUCCCCAAAACAUGUUGAUGCAAACAGAGAGCUCCCCCUCACUCAACCACCUUCUGCUCACUCUUCUAUCACAAGUGGAAGCUGCCCUGGAACCCCAGAAAUGCGCAGACGUCAGGAGGAGGCUAUGAGGAGGCUUGCUGCCCAGGUUGUUGCGUACCACUACUGCCAGGCUGAUAAUGCCUACACUUGCCUUGUGCCAGAAUUUGUACACAACGUGGCAGCCUUGCUCUGCCGCUCCCCACAGUUUGCUGCCUACAGAGAGCAGCUGUUACGGGAGCCCCAUCUACAGAGCAUGCUCAGCUUGCGGUCCUGUGUUCAGGAUCCCUUAGCUUCUUUCCGGAGAGGAGUUCUGGAGCCCUUGGAAAGCCUUCAUAAAGAACGAAAGAUCCCCGAUGAAGAUUUCAUCAUAUUAAUUGAUGGGUUAAAUGAAGCUGAAUUUCACAAGCCUGACUAUGGGGAUACAAUAGUAUCAUUCCUCAGCAAAAUGAUAGGGAAAUUUCCAUCCUGGCUGAAGCUGAUUGUGACAGUCAGAACAAGUUUACAGGAAAUAAUUAAGUUAUUACCCUUCCAUAGGAUAUUCCUGGACAGACUGGAAGAGAAUGAAGCUAUAGAUCAGGAUCUCCAAGCCUACAUCCUACACCGAAUACAUAGCAGCUCUGAGAUACAGAAUAACAUCUCUCUUAAUGGCAAAAUGGACAAUACAACCUUUGGCAAACUUAGUUCUCAUCUCAAAACCCUGAGUCAAGGAUCCUACUUGUACCUUAAGCUCACAUUUGAUCUAAUAGAGAAGGGCUAUUUGGUGUUAAAAAGCUCUAGCUAUAAGGUAGUCCCCGUCUCCCUUUCGGAGGUGUACCUGCUUCAGUGCAAUAUGAAGUUUCCAACACAGUCUUCCUUUGACCGGGUGAUGCCACUCUUAAACGUGGCUGUGGCAUCUCUGCACCCCUUGACCGAUGAGCAUAUUUUCCAGGCCAUCAAUGCAGGAAGCAUUGAAGGUUCCUUGGAAUGGGAGGACUUUCAGCAAAGGAUGGAGAACCUCUCCAUGUUCCUUAUCAAGCGCAGAGAUAUGACCCGAAUGUUUGUCCAUCCAUCUUUUCGAGAGUGGCUGAUCUGGAGAGAAGAAGGAGAAAAAACCAAGUUCCUCUGUGACCCUAGGAGUGGCCAUACAUUGCUCGCCUUCUGGUUUUCCCGUCAAGAGGGGAAACUCAACAGACAGCAGACUAUUGAGCUGGGCCAUCAUGUUCUUAAAGCACACAUCUUUAAGGGACUGAGUAAAAAAGUUGGGGUUUCCUCCUCAAUUCUCCAAGGGCUUUGGAUUUCCUACAGCUCGGAAGGUCUUUCCAUGGCGCUGGCCUCUCUGCGGAAUUUGUACACCCCUAACAUAAAGGUCAGUCGGCUACUGAUCUUAGGAGGCGCCAACAUCAAUUACAGAACUGAAGUUCUAAACAAUGCCCCAAUUUUAUGCGUCCAGUCUCACCUUGGUUACACGGAGAUGGUAGCUUUGCUGUUGGAAUUUGGAGCAAAUGUUGAUGCCUCUUCGGAAAGUGGCCUAACGUCUCUUGGAUAUGCUGCUGCUGCUGGGUACCUAAGCAUUGUUGCCCUUUUGUGCAAGAAGCGAGCGAAGGUGGAUCACUUGGACAAGAACGGUCAGUGUGCACUGGUUCAUGCAGCUCUCAGAGGCCACCUGGAAGUUGUCAAGUUUUUAAUCCAGUGCGACUGGACAAUUGCUGGGCAACAGCAGGGAGUGUUUAAGAAGAGCCAAGCUAUCCAGCAGGCACUGAUUGCUGCUGCCAGCAUGGGAUACACCGAGAUUGUCUCCUACCUGCUUGAUCUUCCAGAAAAAGAUGAGGAGGAGGUAGAACGAGCACAGAUCAACAGCUUUGACAGUCUCUGGGGAGAGACAGCCCUGACUGCUGCAGCCGGACGAGGCAAGCUGGAUGUUUGCCGUCUGCUUCUGGAGCAGGGAGCAGCUGUAGCCCAGCCCAACCGACGGGGAGUCGUUCCCUUAUUCAGUGCUGUUAGACAAGGCCAUUGGCAGAUUGUUGAUCUCUUGCUCACCCAUGGUGCAGAUGUUAACAUGGCAGAUAAACAAGGCCGGACUCCUUUGAUGAUGGCAGCUUCGGAGGGGCAUUUGGGCACUGUAGAGUUCUUACUAGCACAAGGAUCCUCCAUUUCCCUAAUGGACAAAGAAGGACUUACUGCCCUCAGCUGGGCUUGCCUAAAGGGACACCUUUCAGUAGUACGAGCUUUGGUGGAGAGUGGAGCUGCCACAGACCAUGCCGACAAAAAUGGGCGCACUCCAUUGGAUCUAGCUGCUUUUUAUGGUGAUGCAGAAGUGGUUCAGUUCCUGGUGGAUCACGGUGCCAUGAUUGAGCAUGUGGAUUACAGUGGGAUGCGCCCCCUCGACAGGGCAGUGGGUUGCCGCAAUACUUCUGUUGUUGUCACACUACUGAAGAAAGGAGCCAAGAUAGGUCCCGCAACCUGGGCGAUGGCCACCUCCAAGCCAGACAUCAUGGUCAUCCUGUUGAGCAAGUUGAUGGAGGAAGGAGACAUGUUUUACAAGAAAGGGAAAGUGAAGGAGGCUGCCCAGCGCUACCAGUAUGCUCUGAAGAAGUUCCCCCGAGAAGGGUUUGGAGAGGACCUGAAAACCUUCCGGGAACUGAAGGUGUCACUCCUUCUCAACCUCUCCAGAUGCCGGAGGAAAAUGAAUGAUUUUGGAAUGGCGGAGGAAUUUGCUACUAAAGCACUGGAGCUGAAACCGAAAUCUUAUGAAGCUUACUAUGCAAGAGCAAGGGCCAAACGCAGCAGCAGGCAGUUUUCAGCAGCGCUGGAGGACCUGAACGAGGCCAUCAAGCUCUGUCCGAACAACCGUGAGAUCCAGCGGCUGCUGAUGAGGGUGGAGGAAGAGUGCAGACAGACGCAGGCGCAACUACAGCAAGAGCCUCUUGCGGUAUCUGAGCCUGAAACGCAGCACGAAGAGUUGUAUGCAGUGCAGGACAUCUUGGAAGAGGAGUACCUUGAGCAAGAUGUAGAAGAAAACAUUUCUGUUGGCUUGCAGACGGAGUCACGGCCGAGCCAAACUCUGCCCAUCAUCCAGAGCCCACCUUCUUCUCCUGCCCACCGAGACUCUGCCUACAUCUCCAGCUCACCGCUUAGUUCACAUCAGGUCUUUGACUUCAGGUCAAAUAGUUCUGUGGGGUCACCAACAAGGCAAGGGUACCAGCCCACCUCCCCAGCACUCUCCCCAACGCACCAGAACUCCCAUUAUAGGCCUAGCCCAGCACACACAUCUCCUGCGCACCAGGCCUCAUCUUAUCGCUUUAGCCCACCUCCAGUAGGUAGCCAAGGGAAAGAGUAUCAAAGCCCACCUCCUUCUCCCCUUCGUAGAGGCCCUCAGUACCGAGCCAGCCCUCCAGCAGAUAGCAUGAGUGUCUACAGGGCUCAGUCCGGCUCACCCGUACGAUAUCAGCAGGAACCCAGCAUCAGUCAACUUCCCAGCCGGCCAAAGUCUCCACUCUCCAAAAUGACACAGAGGUCCUUCCAGAUGCUUCCGCUGCCUGUUGCAGUCCCCCAGCAAGGGCUCAGGUUGCAGCCUGCCAAGGCACAGAUCGUCAGAAGCAACCAGCCGAGUUCGGCCGUGCACUGCAGUACUGUGAUCCCGACGGGCACUUACGGCCAGGUGGCCCAUUCAGUGACCAGCAAAUACCAGUCGGCGUCGACGGAAAUGGCUGCUGGCCAAAACCGGUUGGUCUACCAGACCUCCAUUGGGGGAAUAGUAGGGGAUGGGCGGCCCAUGCAGCACGUUCAGGCCAGUCUCAGUGCAGGGGCCAUCUGUCAGCAUGGAGGGCUGGCUAAAGAGGAUCUUCCACAAAGGCCUUCCUCUGCUUAUCGCGGUGGGAUGAGAUAUAACCAGACCCCACAGAUCGGGCGCAGCCAGUCCGCUUCCUAUUACCCAGUCUGUCAUACAAAGCUCGAUCUCGAACGUUCCUCCCUUCCCACUAGCCAGCUUGGUUCGCCAGAUAUCUCUCACUUGAUACGAAGGCCCAUGGCAGUAAAUCCCAAUGAAAUCAAACCUCACCCCCCGACCCCAAGGCCCCUGCUUCAUUCUCAAAGUGUUGGCCUCCGAUUUUCCCCUUCCAGCAAUAGCAUCUCAUCCACUCCCAAUCUGAACCCCCCCUUCCGCCCUUCUGCUUCUAUUCAGCAGAUGGAGAUCCCCCUUAAGCCAGCCUAUGACAGGUCAUGCGAUGAGCUUUCCCCAGUCUCUCCGACGCAGGGCGGUUACCCCAGCGAGCCUGCCCGCUCCAGGACCACACCUUUCAUGGGAAUCAUUGAUAAAACGGCCCGGACUCAGCAGUAUCCCCACCUGCACCAACAGAACCGAACCUGGGCUGUGUCUUCAGUGGAUACCGUCAUAAGCCCCACGUCCCCAGGAAACCUCCCCCAGCCAGAAACGUUCAGCCCGCCUUCCUCAAUCAGCAGCAUUGCCUUUUAUAACAAAACCAACAAUGCACAGAAUGGCCACUUGCUAGAAGACGACUAUUACAGCCCACAUGGGAUAUUGGCCAAUGGCUCCCGAGGAGACCUCCUAGAGAGAGUUAGCCAAACCUCUUCGUAUCCCGAUGUUAAGGUGGCCAGGACACUGCCUGUUGCACAGGCGUAUCAGGACAACCUCUAUAGGCAACUCUCCAGAGACUCCAGGCAAGGACAGACAUCCCCUAUCAAACCAAAGAGACCAUUUGUGGAGUCUAAUGUGUGAAACGGACGUGUCUUGGAGUAAGAGCCUUGUUUUCAGCACACUUUUCCCGGCUGAAUUCCCACAUUACACUGCUGUUUUUCUUCCUCCCUUUUUGAAUUUUUCAUUCACCUAGCAGGCCACCAACUAGGGUUUUUUUCUGUGUGGUGAUGAGGCAGUCCAAGACAUGCUCCAAACCCUUUGCUGCACACAGCUGACCUCAGAUAAAGCCAGCACUGUACAUGUCUUCAGCUGUCAAUUAGGCAAUGUUAGUACACGGUGAUGGGGCUGACCUAGGAGGAAUCACUCGAGAGAGGUAACCAGCUCUUUGAAAAAACAAAAUGCGGAUUCCAAAAUUCAGAUUGGUUUAAAUAUAGGCUUUGAAACACUUACUAAAUUUUCCUCCAGAGUACUGAGCCCUUUUGACUUGGAAAUUGCACUCUUUCAGUCAGCACAGUGCUGUCCACAUUGUUUUGUUGUGUCCAAAGAGCUUGUUGACCUGCACAGAAUGGGGAUUUUAUUUUGUUCGUAAUACAGUGAGGAGCUAUGCAUAAAACCCAUCCUGCUUUAUCUGGUGUGAUAGGACUGAACAUUAGUAUUAAGGGUUCAUGGUUGUGAAUUUUUCAAAAUCCUUUCCAGCCAAUCUGUUGGUAUGGACUUCCACGGGUAACAUUGCUUUGAAAGGCAUGUUCGGAAUGAUACUGUUUGGAUUUCCUCUGAGGCAGUUGAACAAAUAUUCAGGGAGAAAUCAAAGUUCUCUCCACUUCAGCCAAUCAGUGGGCGGCUACCUCGGUCUGUAUAUCGGACUUCCUGUCCAUUUUCAGUGGGCUUGUCCUCCUAAUGGAACAGCACCUUACCGAUUCACACUCCAGGUAUUGUUCCCAAAUCAAGAAAGCUCAUUAUAAACUGUGAGGUGUCCUAUCAUUUGAAAGCGUGAUGGGGGAAACUGAGAAAGAGAAGCAGAAUCUGUACAGGCACUCCCAUUGUGACGGUUAAUGCCCUCCCCCUAGAAGUCAGUAUUAGUACACUCGUAGCAACGCUUCCUGAGUUAGAGACCCAUUGAGCCAUCUUGGCAUUCCUUUUCCGGCUGACACUUUUGGAGUGAAGCACUCUCUUCCACUCUUCUUCUCUGGUUGUGGGGCGCUGCGACUUGGGUCAUUUAGACCAAUACGAUACUGAUGUUUGAGGAAUAUGCUCUUAAGUGUUAGAAACUGGAGCUGUUUCCCCAGGCCAAAUACAGAAGGCAGAACUGGGUGGGAGAAGAUCAGAUGUUGACAAAAAUGAUGGCGAGGAGUUUUGAGGGCAGUUAAAGGUCAUUCCUGAGUAGCAAAGGCUUUUCAGAUUCAUGCCUCUGUAGGUAAUCCGUGAAUGUAUGCAGGUGCUCAAAAGGUCAUCAGAGGUACAGUGAAAUGGCAGGAAUGCAAAAUCACACCUUGCCCUUUCUUCAUUUUGGCUGGACAAAGGAUAAAGCUGGCUUCCUGUUAAUUAAGCAGGGUUUUUUCCUCCACGCUAUGAUUGCACCAGCUGUAGACUGCUAGUCUUUUGUCCCAGCUGAAACGGAGUUCCUCAUUUCUGUUAUCAGGAUGUGCAAAACGAUACAAUGAUUUCUGAAACAUAAAUCAGGUAUAUACAUACCCUUUGCUUCCUAUGAUUUACUUUCAGUACUUGGCUUCUUUCUGAAGUCCGUUUGCUGUCCUCAGGAGUCCCUCUCUAUAAAUAGAAAAGUGAUUAGAAAAGGCAUUUCCAUUAAACAGCAAGGCUUGCACCUUCAGGUGAGGUUGGCGGGUUCCAUACCUGGAAGUGUUACUGACAAUAUGUUUAUGCUUUAAGAUCCUGGAAUUCAGAGACACAACAGAGAUUCAUGUAACCGUUUCAGGAAAUCUUUUCAUUCUCAGAACGAGUAGUCCUUGUUUGAGUGCGAAGGGGAUGUUUUCAAGGGUUUGUUUUACUUCGGUUUUUACUUUGAUCUUUGCAUAGGACUCUUUUUGUACAUCUUUUUCCAGCUCUUAACUGUUGUAUUCCAGAACCUGCAGUAAUAGAAAACACUUAGCAAAAGAGGUGUUAGCAUAAUCUCUUCUGCUGCUAUGGGGCUUGCCAAAGUGUACUGGUGCCCAGCAAGUCCAGAAGUUGGCAGCUACAUUUUUCGGGAAUAUGCUUUUCCGCUGUUUCAACUUGCAUGUUGAAAGGGACAGUGCUGUGCCCUCUUGUGAGUGUGUGUAUGAGAGAGGGGGGAGGGAGCUUUCGUACAUAACCCAAGAUAUAAAGAAGGUGCAAAUUUGCUUUCCUUUAUUUUGGCGAUGGAAAAAGCUACUUCCUGCUUUCCCCACACGUUACUUUUGUUGUCCUGGGGAAGUAAAAAAGGGUUGAUAACCUCCCCCCUGCACUUGCUAUAUGUAGGGAAUCAUCCUUAUGAUUUUAGUGUUGUCUUAGACAUUUUUUUUCUGCUUUAUAAAGACAGAUUACUUUAAACUCUUAAAAACUGGAAUACACACCACCAAACAAGAAUAUGUUUGCAUGUGUUUAUCGGUGAUUUUUCUUAAGAGAUUUGUGGUAACUACUUUGGAACUGCUUGUAUCAUGCAGAAGAUAGAACCCAUUUUACUGCAGCGGACAGUGGAAGGUCAAAUUAAUCGUUUCCGUUGUUUGCCUUUUGGGCUACGAUAAAAGAUCCUCGCACCAAAUUGUUUGGUAUGGCUGGAGUGCACUGAGGCAUUAACCUGCUGUCUUUCCCGAUAAAGCAAGUAGAGAAACGCAACCAAAUUUAGCUGUCUCCACCAUGCGGGAGGCGGAGGAACAAUGUUGCUGUCAUGCCGAUCCGAUCACCUUUGCAGUUCCAACAUACGAAUCUUCUUGAUGGCAUAAUGCUGUAGUUCUUGAAUCUGGCUGCUUUGCUCUGCUCUUCACUGCCAUGGGGUUCCCAGUACCAUAUCUGUUUACAUUUAGUGUUUAGUGAAAGAAAUGGCAUGCACAUCCAAAACGAGGUUUUAAUACUUCCAUUGGGCAGGGUUUCCCCCUCUUCUUCUUCUCCUCUCCCCCCCCCCCAGUACUGUGUUGUGAUUUCACAGGAUUUUUGCACUGAUGGGUUUGUCACCUGCUCUCUUUGUAAAUGGGGGGGGGUGCACUUUACAGUUUCAUUUGUCACUAUGAUAAAUGCUGGUUAUUUAAGUGUGAUCAGUGUCUUCAUUAGAAAUACAACAGAACAGCUCUCGUCUUUCAGUGUAUUAAAACAGAAGCAAUGACUCAAAAUAUAUAGCACAAGUAUUAGCUGUUGUACAUAAGCAUCAAAAGGCGAAGUACUUUUUUCAAUAUAAAGAGAAACAUUUGCUGUGACUUAUCGAACUGAUCUCCUAGCAAUUCUCUUUAGGAGCACCUGAGGCUUAAUUGUGACUGCUUUUAGUUACCAGGUAACACACAUCUCAGCUGAAAUAGGAGGCGUUUUUUGUCUUAGAAGUUGGCAGGAGGCAGUUCCUUCUGUUUUUGCUCUUAGCUUAGACCUCGGUUGCUCAUUGUGUCCUCUCCUGAAAUACAAUGUGAUAGAGCACAAAGUAAUUUCUUUCGCUGUCCUUUCUGCAAUUGAAAUGCCUUUCCAAGUGAGGCUUUUUCUACUCAGGAAAGUGUGAUAGAAUGGCUUAACACUCAAGAGAAGGCUCCCAGAUGCUUUUUUAUUUUAUUUUAAGGGCCAUGUAAAAAUAACUGCACCUGUCUCCCUCUCUAAGCUGGAGUUUUAGAACUCUCUUUACCUGCACAAACACACCAAAUACUCCAGUGGCAUUUCUGCUUUGAAUGUAUGCCCGCGUAUGCCACCGCUUCAUGUCAUUCUAACACUGCAGAAAGCUUCUAGGCUGAGUGGAAGGCUUAUUCUAGAGCUAGAAUCUAGUUGCAGGUUUAUGGUGCAUGUGUUACGGCUCUCGAAGCAGUACCAGAUGCUUCUCUCUGAGGACCAAGGUAGACCUGUCCUUAAUUGCGUGAACGCAGUGAAGAAGCACAUUUUUGUUUGUUAUGUUAGUAGCUGCCAUAUCUGAGCAGCCUCAGAACCACAGGGACCAGGAGGGGGAGUUCCACUUUGGUCCCAGCAGCAAGUUCUAGAAAGCUGCCAAUGGAGUCUUUCUUUGAAAUGCAAAGGGCACCUUCUGGACUUUGGCACACUUAGAGACUUCUCCCCACCCUCUGCCACGAUCUCAAGGUUUUGCAGGCUUCACCAUGGCUGCUAUUUACAUACCAAAAUAAUUUGUGUGCUGUACUUUAAUUGCAUUCAACCAAUUAACUUGACCCUGGUUUGAGUCUGCCUCCUGGGGUCUCGCCACUUGGGUGCCUAUAAACUGAUGCUGGCACCUGGAAAUUUGAAACAGGGUGGAAUUCAACACUAGGCCUACUCAGAAUAGGCUCACUGAAAUUAAAGAACAUGACUCCAUUAGGUCUUUUCAUUUCAGAGGGUCUACUCUUGAGUAAAAGUCGGCUGAAUUCCACCCAACUAGUCUGAGCUGGCUCUUUAAAAUAGGAUGGGAAUCUGAAUACAUUGCAAGGUCUGCUUUGCUCCAGGGGAGAGAGCUAUCAGCUUGGAACAUGCUCUACUGCUAGCUGUAAGAAAUGUACUUAGAGGUAAAGAGUUUAUUUGAGAGUGGCUGAAAAUGUGCCUGCUGUUGCAGUUUCCAAGAGGCAGAGGCUGUCCACAUAUGCAGAACAUUGGGGAAGGAGAACAUUUCCUUUCAGAUACUAAGCCUGAAGGCUGUUUUUCUUUUAUUACAUGUAUUUCUUCUAACAAGCAUUAGACUGCGGAGAAAGGGGGGAGGGCGAAGCCUGCACAUGUUUUGAAAGCCCAAGUCACUGGCCUGGCCUUUUGCAGCAGUGAACAAAAUUGCUACCGUUCCAGAUCCACACAGAAAGUCAUCUAGUAAAAACCAAAGUGCCAGCUUCUCCACGCCUUACAUAAAGCAACGAACAUCACUGCGUGCCUAGAAAUUAUUCUCCUUCUCUGCUUAAGGUGGCCCCUUGCAAACUCUUGGGUGGCAGGCGACAUCUCUCCCCAUUUCCCUCUUCUUAAAUACGCUGGGAGUCCCAGGGCCUUCAUCUACCGGAAUUCAGCUUAUAAAAAGGGCUUAGAAGGGGACGAGAAAUAAUGUACCUCCUUUUACAUGUUAGAUGCCUUCACUAAAUGUAUGGUUGCUGUGGAAAGUGAAGGAGGAACUUGGGGCACAAGCACAAAGGGGUGGAAAACCUGAACUGCUCUCCCUCCCCCCCGAAUUACUUGAACUCAAUUGCUGGAUGAUUUUUCUCCCCUAACAAAAACAUAUUAAGGGCUGAAAUUACAUAGCAGGCUAUUAUGUUUGCAGUUCUUGAUUAUAAUCCACCUGCUAUACCAGACUAGGCCCCUCCUGGCAAAUAAAACCCUGUUUUCUUCUUGACAAUUCUUUGGGAUCUUCACAGAACUGCUUUCCCCACAGAAAGGCAGACACCGCUGGCUUGGGGCUGCUGCUUCUGAUUCUGAGGCUACUGGGAAAACGGAACGAGGUUUUUGCACUUUUACGCUUGCUUAGAAAGGGAAAGAGAGAGAUGAUGCUUUUCCUCCUGGCUGCCGUCACACUGAGUCCGUGAGCAAGGUGGGGCAGUUCAGCUCUGUUCUGCCUGGACAUGCACCAGACCCUGAGUCCAUUUCCUAGGAGUACCCACUGUUAUUUACCGAUACUGACAUUUCCACAGAGUGCAAGGCACUGAUCUGUAUAGGUCCAGGGUUUGGGGUAUUUUUGGAGGGGAUGAAUGUUUUGCACCAGUUCAAACGUGUUUCCCAUUCCGGUGGUGUUCUUUCGUUUUGCAUUUUCUUCCCUAUGAGCAUUGCAGCAUUUUGCCUGCCUUGUCUGCCUCUGUACAGUAACACAGCACUCCUUUGUAUUAAAGAAGAAGAAAAAACCUUUAAGGUUUGCCAUCCUUCAAGUCACUUGCUGGGAAGACACUGAGUUCUUUUUCCUUUUAGCUUUUCUAUGAUUCUGAUGUAAAGGAUUUUCUCUGUACAGUAUAAUAAUAUUCAAUUGCAUGUUCUGUUCUCUUACUGAUAUAUUGAAUCACCAACACAGUUGUGAUCUUUUGCAGCAGGGCAGCCGCACAAACCCCUGCGCUCAGCUAAGACUCUUGGCCACUCCUGUAUAAAAGGAAAGAAAUGUCUUUCUUUCCCUUCACUGUACUUGCUUGAGCAGAGUUUUAUUGUCUGUACAUGUGAGCUGUCAGAUAGACGUGGAAAAAGUUCAAAAAGAAUGCAUUCUCCCCUGCCCCUCCCUAAUGUAUACAGAUUGUAACCUGUACAAUGAACUGUAUGUAUGAAAAAAAAUGUACUUAUUUAUAAAUGGUUAACACUUGGAAA